AUGGCGACGGAAUCUUCGCCGCCGCCUUCGUCGCCCCUGAGCGAAUCGCCACCCCAAGACCAGCAAGAUGCCGCGCACCCAGACUCGUCGCCAAAGACUAGCAGGACCAGCCCCGAUGACGACAAGGCCGCGCCCGACAAGCCGCGCGAGCCCAUUGCCAUCCCCCCCAUCACUCCCAUCGCGUCCCAGCAGGACCUCGAGACAUUGGCGCGGGGCCUCGAGGGCAGGUUCGUCGACGAGUUCGGCAAUGUCCUGGACUGGGACGGCACCGUGCUGGGCCACGUGCGAGGCGAUCUGCCCUCCAUGGUGGGCAGGCCCGUCUCUGCGCGGGGCCAGGUUGUCGACGCUGACGGCCAGGUGGCUGGGUACGUCUCCGAGAACUUUGUGCCCCCGGCUGGCGCUGCUGCUUCCUCGUCGCCCCCUCAGCCGUCGUCGAGGAAGCCACUCGACCGGGGGCUGAGGGUGGAUGAGGCCGGCACCAUCUUCGACCACGAGGGCGUGCCCGUCGGAAAGAUAAUGCAACCAAAAGGCUCUCCUCGCCCCGGCGAAUCAAGACGGGGCCAGGGAUCACAGCAUCACCCGGGCACCUCGUCAUGCUCGCCCGCGACCCCCAGCCCGUCCGAGGUCUGCCUCGACGUCAAGUCGACGCACGACGGCAUUCAGCUGAUCAUCAAGAUACCCACCGUCUUCCAUGCCUGUUCCGCGCCACCGCCGCCACCACCACCAUCGUAA